CUAGUCGAAACGGAAGCAUGGACGGAUCUGUCUCGUUUUCAAAUGGACAAACGUUUCGGAAUAAACCAAACCCUAACCCUAAGUAUGGGCGCGGCCGGGGUGCCGAAUGAUUCAUGCCCUCUAGGUAUUUGACGGCUACAUUCACCUCGACCUCGCCAAGUAUGCAUCCUGCCUAGUUAGACACGAGCGCACACUGUGAACAAGAGGAGUGAUCAGCCGUUCCGUCAAUCUCACGAAUGCGCUGGUGGUUCUUCCUCACGAUGAGGUUGUUACACGGCUCCAGAAGUCAAUAUGACUCACCCGGCUACAUUCCGAAGCAUUGAGCUGCACUGCCACUGUCGACGACAACAAAUAUAAAACACACGCGCUGUCCGUCAACGUGCUGUCGUAUUACUUUCUAUCCCGAAAACCAGGAUUGGAAUUUCGAAGGAUGGCGUCCGAACGCCGUGAACAGCCGCCAUGGACUCCCCCCGAGCUUCUGGCCGGAGUGCAGCUCCCUAAGCUCAAGAUCCACAACAGCCUGACGAGGCGAAAAGACGACUUCGUUCCUACCGAUCCGGAAGGCAAGGUAGUGACGUGGUAUGCUUGCGGUCCUACAGUUUACGAGGAUGCACAUUUAGGCCAUGCGAAGAACUACGUUUCGACCGACAUUAUCCGUCGCAUCAUCAAGGAUUAUUUCGGCUUCCAGGUCAAGUUUGUGAUGAACACGACGGAUCUUGAUGACAAAAUCAUUGUCAGAGGUCGUCAACAGCAUCUGUUUGCGCAGUUCAAGCAGGAGCACCACACCGAAGAUGAUUUAGUGACCGAUGCGAUUGUGCAGGCGACUGAGUCAGCUCUGCAACAGUACAUCAGCAAAAGCCUCCCAUCUGUAUCCUUGGCAAAAAGCCCAGGAACUCUUCUAAAGCAACUGGAUGAAGUACUCAAGGAUAUUUUGGAGCCUCAACAGGUCUCUCCUGCGGCGAAGCACGAAGCCAUAACAGAAGCCGACCUGAUGCUGAGAGCACACAUCGCGACCAUUCGAUCCGCCGCCGCAGCACUCCAAGCACCAGGUAAUGCUCCCGACUUCUUUGCAAGGACGCAAGAUAUUCUCCUCCCAUAUCUCGAUGCUCUACAUGGUGCAAAAAUGGAUUCCAAUGAACGCGAUAUUUACUUGAACCUCACGCAUAAGUUUGAGCGUCGUUUCUUCGAGGAUAUGGACGCGCUCAACGUUCUCCCACCUGACAAACUUACACGUGUAACGGAGUACGUACCUCAAAUCGUGAGCUUUGUCGAGACAAUCGUGGUCAAUGGCUUUGGCUAUGCCACCACUGAUGGCUCCGUAUACUUCGACAUUGACGCAUUCGAGGCAGCUGGCCAUAGCUAUUCCCGCUUGGAGCCAUGGAACAAGAACGAUCGCGUCCUCCAAGCCGAUGGUGAAGGCUCACUGUCGAAAGGAAAAUCAACUAAGCGAAGCGAGAACCAUUUUGCUCUCUGGAAAGCAAGUAAACCUGGUGAGCCUGCUUGGCCGAGCCCUUGGGGCAAUGGUCGGCCAGGGUGGCAUAUCGAGUGCUCUGCAAUGGCAUCUGAUGCCAUCGGUAAGACUAUUGACAUUCACUCCGGUGGUGUUGAUCUUCGAUUUCCCCAUCAUGACAAUGAGCUUGCGCAAUCUGAAGCUUACUGGUCUACUCCCGAUUGCCACGUGCAGUGGACCAACUAUUUCGUCCAUAUGGGACAAUUGAGAAUCCGAGGGUUGAAGAUGAGUAAGAGUCUGAAGAAUUACACGACCAUCCGAUCCGUUCUUGCCGGAAACGAAUGGACAUCUCGAACACUUCGGAUCUGCUUUCUCCUUAUGCCCUGGCAGGACGCGAUCGAGGUGACAGAGGAGCUCAUGAAAGCUGUGAUUUCCUGGGAGGGCAAGAUGAACAACUUCUUCCUCAAGAGCUCAAAUAUCGCAGCGCAGGCUGAUGUCAAAGCCACUGCUGAGGUAGAGCAGACGCCCGCAGACUCCCAAUUACUCAGCGCUUUGGAAAGUGCAAAGAGCGACGUCCACACAGCACUCUGCGAUUCGUUCAACACUUCGGCGGUCAUGCGAAUUCUCUCCGAUCUCGUCACGGAAGCUAAUUCCUCUGAGAUGCCAUCAGCACAGACCGCAAUCUCCAUAGCGAAAUGGAUAUCACGUAUCGUGAGCAUAUUCGGUCUCGAUUCGGAGGGAGAUUCUAAUGAUACAAACCGCAUCGGAUGGUCGGGCCUUCAGAUCCCUGAGCCAGCGAGGCCCUACGUCUACGCCGCAUCUGGGCUGCGUGACGAGGUACGGGCGAUGGCUUUCGCGAAUCCGAUAGAGCAUGAUGCGAUAUUGGAGUCGGCCAACGCUGCCUCCAUGAAUAUGCCAGCACCGGCAUCCGAAUCCUCGAAACCAUACCAAACGGUGCUCGAAGACUUCCGCGACGAGAUCGCCGCGCUUUCAGCUCGAAAAGCUUCUGCAAAAGAUCUCCUGGCUGUAUGCGACCGACUCCGCGAUACGCGCCUCUGGGAUUUGAAUAUAUAUCUCGAAGACCAGAAAGAUUCCCAAUUUGCCCUGAUCCGACCCCUUGAUCGAUCACUCAAAGAAGCUCGAGCAGAGCGAGAGUCUGCGAGUCUUGCCAAGGCACAAGCGAAACAAGAACAGGCGGUUCGCGAGGCGCAAAGGGAGCGUGAGCUACUGGAGCGUGCCAAGAUUGAUCCGCUGCUCAUGUUCAAGACAGGGACCGAAUUUUUGGAAUGGGAUGAGAAUGGCAUCCCGACGAUAGAUGCUACUGGUGUAACAGUAUCGAACAGUAGACGGAAGAAGCUGGUCAAGGAAUGGGAGAAACAGAAGAUUCGGCAUGAAGAAUGGUCGGACACUAAGCAAGCAUGA